AUGACCCCCUCUUUAUCAGCUAUUCCCCAUGCGAUCAUCAUGUCAGCAGAAUUUAUUACCGGGAUUACAGUCAAUGGAUUUCUGAUAAUCAUCAGCUGUAACGAAAUGAUCAAAAGCAGAAAGCUAACACCAAUGCAGCUCAUUUUAAUAUGUAUAGGGAUGUCUAGAGUUGGUCUGCUGAUGACAUUAAUGGUACAAAGUUUUUUCUCUAUCUUCUUUCCACUCUUUUAUCGGACAAGAAUUUAUGGUGCAGCGAUGGUGUUCGUUUGGAUGUUUUUUAGCUCUGUCAGUCUCUGGUUUGCCACCUGCCUGUCUGUAUUUUACUGCCUCAAGUUAAUAGUCUUCACUCAUCCCUGUUUUCUUUGGCUGAAAUUCAGGAUCUCAAAGUUAAUGCCUGGGCUGCUUCUGGGAAGCUUGCUGGCCUCGGUGAGCACUGCAACUCUGUGUAUCGAGGUAGAUUACCCUAAAGACGCGGUGGAGGAUGUCCUCAGAAAUGCCACACACACCACGUCUAAAAUCAAGAUAAGGAAAAUUAGUGAAGUGCUUCUUGUCAAUUUGUCACUCCUAUUUCCUCUAGCCAUAUUCCUGAUGUGCACUUUCAUGUUACUCGUGUCUCUCUACAAGCACACUCAUCGGAUGCAAAACGGAUCUCGUGGUUUUAGAAGUGUCAGCACAGAAGUCCAUAUAAACGCCUUAAGAACAGUGCUAACGUUUGUUCUUUUCUUUAUUUCUUACUUUGCCGCCUUCAUAACAAACAUGACAUUCAUUAUUCCUCACGGAACUCAGCGCUACUUUGUGAUGAAGGACAUAAUGGCAGCAUAUCCCUCUGGCCACUCAGUUAUAAUAAUCUGGAGUAAUUCUAAAUUCCAACAACCACUCAGGAGACUUUUCUGCCUCAAAAAGAGUCAGUGA